UGAGCUGAUGAACACGCUCAGUCACGGACCAGUCACCACAGGACUCGAAUCUUGCUAGUCAGCGAUGUACCGGUCACCUGUGGUGAGGGCCAGGAAGAGAACUUGUGUGGAGCCCUGGGUUAUUGGCCUCAUCUCUUUUUUAUCCCUGAUUGUCCUGGCAGUGUGCAUUGGACUCACUGUUCACUAUGUCAGAUACAAUCACAGGAGGACCUACAAUUACUACAGCACAUUGCGGUUCACAAGCGACAAGCUGUAUUCUGAGUUUGGAAGAGAGGCUUCUAAAAAUUUCACUGAAAUGAGCCAGAAAAUUGAAACUAUGGUGAAAAAUGCAUUUUACAGAUCUCCACUAAGGGGACAGCUUACCAAGGCUCAUAUUAUCAAGUUCAGUAAAGAAGACGACGGAGUGCUGGCUCAUAUGCUGCUGAUUUUUCGAAUUCGCUCUACCGAAGAUCCUGAAAUUGUGCAUAAAAUUAUUGAACAUGUUCUUCAUGAAAAGCUGAAACAAGCUACAGGACCCCCUAACGUUGAUCCCAAUUCAGUUGAAAUUAAAAAAAUCAACAAGACAGAAACAGACAACUAUCUCAACCACUGCUGUGGGACCCGACGGAACAGAUCUACAGUACAGACUAGUCUCAGGAUUGUCGGCGGGACACGAGUAGAAGAGGGAGAAUGGCCCUGGCAAAGCAGCCUGCAGUGGGAUGGGUCCCAUCGCUGUGGAGCAACUUUGAUCAACAGCACAUGGCUCGUGAGUGCUGCUCACUGUUUCCGAACGCACAAGGACUCAUCCAGAUGGACUGCUUCCUUUGGGGCAACAUUACAGCCUCCAAAACUGACAACAGGCUUCCGGAGGAUAAUUGUUCAUGAAAAAUACAAAUACCCAUCACAUGACUAUGACAUUGCACUUGUAGAGCUUUCUAGACGCGUCCCCUGCACAAAUGCAGUGCACAAGGUUUGUCUCCCUGACGCAAAUCAUGAAUUCCAGCCGGGGCAGAGGAUGUUUGUGACAGGAUUUGGAGCGUUGCAAAAUGAUGGUUUCACCCAGAAUCACCUUCGGCAAGUACAGGUGGACUACAUAGAUACCCAAAUCUGCAAUCAACCUCAAGCUUACAAUGGUGCCAUCACUCCUAGGAUGUUGUGUGCUGGCUACCUAAAAGGAGAAAAAGAUGCAUGCCAGGGCGACUCUGGAGGACCUCUGGUUGCUUCAGAUGUUAGGGAUAUCUGGUACCUUGCUGGAGUGGUGAGCUGGGGAGAUGAAUGUGGCCAACCCAACAAGCCUGGUGUUUACACUAGAGUGACCGCGCUCCGGGACUGGAUUGCUUUCCACACUGGUAUCUAAAACGGAAAGACGCAGUGGGCUGAAAUGGAUGUUGUCGUCUGUAGGCUGUUGUUAGGGACACAUAAAUGUAAAAGAGGCCUUGCAAAUCAGAAGGACCUGAACCAUCACACAGAAUAAUCUGAAGCGUUUGUUUCUUUCCCAGCUUCGCUCUUCACACGAGCCCAGACGGACUCUGCCAACAUACAAGCAUUUAUUUUCUACAAGUUUUCUGUUGCCAAAAUUUUGACUUGCUCAUCCAAAGUACUCAUGGGUAAUAGAACUUGAAGCAACCCUUUCCUUCAUUUCGUUAGCUUCUCUCAUCUUAGUACGUGUCUAUUCUUCAAGUUCCAGAUAAGGAAUAAAAUAAAAUGUUAAAAAAAACCUACUUAUUUUUAAUGUUCAGAAAAACACUAGCGAUUUUAAAAAUUGAAUGUGAGAAAUGAUCACAUAAAAUACCAGCAACCAGAGGGAGCAACAGGCUGCUCAGAAUUUCACUUUGGAGAAAUUGAGGAAACAGAGAAACCAGUAUACAGCUUAAUUUUCUUCCUAAAUAGCUAACAAGAGCAGCAUGAGAACUACU